AUAGACAACAUUUAUUCACUCAUCAUAUAAUAUGUAAAUAAUUAUUUUUGUUAUUCGCCGAAUUGAAUAUAAACUAGGGAGCAGGGGUUACAAAUGAGCAGAAAUUUCUGGAGGCCCCAAUGGAAGGAAUGUGCUCCCACUUGUCAUUCAUUCAACAAUAAUAAAGCUCUGUUACGUGUCAAAAUCAAUUCUCACUCUUCCAAGUCCCAAGAGCAAGGAAAUUAUAAGCCUUAGCUUGCUGCUUAAUUCAUUUAUACGCCAUUCCCUCAAAUCCGCUCUAUUUGAAAUGGAUCUUGAUGAGUGGGAGGUCUUGUCAGAUGACGGAUUUCUUCAAAUCCAUGAGGAAGAUGAAUAUGCCGCCGAUGAAUUUGCGUGUGGAAGUCUCCACGGCGUCGCUAACAGCGUCUUGGAAAUGAACUACUUCAUCUGUCCUCCGCCGGACAAUUCAUCCAAUCAAUUCGUCGAAACAACGAACAGAUUCAUCCCCCGCGAUCAUAACAGAGCUAUGCCGGAUCCAACCGCGGAAAGAGUAUUAUCGCAGCAUGUUUCCUUGAAGGAAUUAGUUGAACUCCAGGGGGACAUGGAUUCUCCCACGAGAAAGGCCGGGGACGACGGCGACAGUUGUUUUUCAGCACCGCCGGGAUUGACGGUUGAUGGCGAUGUCAGCAGUGGUGGUGGGCUGAUCAAUAAAUGGAACUGGGGAUUCGGAGCUAUUUUUAGCUUUGGAGUCGCUGCAGCUGCGGUAUGCAUCACUUUGGUCGGAAGCGGCCGGCCGAAUCAGAAACUCCGCUUUCAAAUCUAUAGCGAUGACAAGAUGGUAGGACAAGCAAGAAAGAUGAAUGGAGACAUUUCUGGAUUUGCCAUCACCAGAGCUCAAAUCACCUUCGGAGGUCACUAUGAUGAUGCAUAUCAUCAUCAUCAUUCAUAAUAUGCAUGCAUUCAGAAUAUUAACUACACCCAGGAUCGAUCUCAAGUGUUUUAAAUUUUAUGUACAUAUCAUAAUGAUAAUACUAAUAAUAGCAAUAGUAAUAAUAAUAAUAAUUAGUUUUAUUUGUUUUAGAAAAAGUUAUGCACAUCUAUGGUCCAUCAUCUACACAUGAUUCUGAUGACACCUCAUAUAUAUUCUCUCCAUUCCUUUUUAAUUGCAACAGUCAACAUUUCACGUUUACCAAUAAUGCACAGGUUUGACCAUUAAUAUCUUUUAUUCCUUAUUAGUAAAAAAAUUAAAAAAUUCAUAUUUUGAAAAUUUAGAAUGAGAAGAAUUUAACAAUAUUAUUUAAAAAUUUAAUUUAUUAUACAUCAAUUAAUAAAAUGUAGUCAAAAUAGAAGAUGAGAAUAGUGCAAAAAUCCAAUGUUGCAACUAAAAGAGAACGGAGGUAGUAUAUACUACUUCCUAUAUAUUUAGAUAGGGGAAUAUAUGUAAUUCCUUCAUUUUUUCCCAUUUUGUAAAGUUAUAAAUGUGUAGUAAGUUACGAAUUGAUUAAAUUUAGAGACUUGUAAGUUGUAACCGCUAUUGAUGAAGUUGAUGAUUAUUAUUUAAAUUGCGAUUCACAUACAUAGUACAAGGCAAACACUUU